UGCCGCCUCUGGCUCAGGAGUCUGUCAACCAUCUGAAGGUAAAGUUUUUAUUUCGUGAAAUCGAUACAAAAAGAAAGGGCCACUGCUCUGAAGCUCAGCUGACGAGAAGGAGGGUGUGCAGCUGCAAGUUCGAGAGCUAUCGGACCCCAAAAGCAGGGGUGGGUCCUAGCACUCUGCGCGCCGAGACCCUCUGCGUAGGCCGAACCAUGGGUACCCAAAAGCCGCGGAUCCUGCCCUGGCUGAAGUUGCAGCUGGACUUGGGGCGGCUGGAGGGGGUGGCCUGGCUGGACGAGAGUCGCACGCGCUUCCGCAUCCCGUGGAAGCACGGCUUGCGCCAGGAUGCCCAGCAGGAGGACUUCGGCAUCUUCCAGGCCUGGGCCGAGGCCAGCGGCGCCUACACUCCUGGAAAGGAUAAACCUGAUCUGCCCACCUGGAAGAGGAAUUUCCGAUCGGCCCUGAACCGGAAGGAGGUGUUGCGUUUAGCCGAGGACCGGAGCAAGGACCCCCACGACCCCCACAAGGUCUAUGAGUUUGUGAACUCAGGAGCUGGGGACUUUCCUGAGUUGGACACCUCUCCAGAUGCCAAUAGCAGAUGCAGUCCCUCUGACACCCAGGAAGACAUACUGGAGGAGUUACUGAGUGACAUGGCCUUGGCCCCAUUCCCAGGUGGGGGGCCCUCGAGCCUGCCUGUGGUCCCUGAGGAGACCCCUCCAUUCUUGCUGAGCCCCAGCGUAGACAUCCCUGCCCCCUGCCCAAACCUGCAGCCCCCGGAAAAUCCACUGAGGCGGCUGUUGGUGCCCGAGGAAGAGUGGGAGUUCGAGCUGACUGCCUUCUACCGGGGCCGCCAAGUCUUCCAGCAGACUGCCCUCUGCCCGGGAGGCCUGCGGCUGGUGGCGUCAGAUGCAGACCAGACGCUGCCUGGACAGCCAAUAAUCCUGCCAGACCCCGGGGUGUCGCUGACGGACAGGGGCGUGAUGGGCUACGUGAGGCGUGUGCUGAGCUGCCUCGGUGGGGGGCUAGCUCUGUGGAGGGCGGGACAGCGGCUCUGCGCCCGGCGGCUGGGGCACUGUCACACGUACUGGGCCUUGGGCGAGGAGCUCCUCCCUGACAGUGGCCACGGGCCCAGCGGCGAGGUCCCCAAGGAUGAGGAAGGAGACGUGUUCGACCUGAAGCCCUUCGUGGCAGGUUGUUCCCACUUGUCUCAGGGCCCUGCUGGACAUGGCACGGUCAGGGGGCGCCUCCUCACUGGAGACCACCGUGGACCUGCACAUCUCCAACAGCUACCCACUCUCCCUCACCUCGGACCAGUACAAGGCCUACCUCCAGGACCUGGUCGAAGACAUGGAUUUCUAGGUCACUGGGGAGAUCUGACCCCUCACUCCUCAUGGAUGAUGGCCUCUUGUGCCCUCACCUUGGCCAAUAAACUGUUUCUUACCACUGUCACCACUUGUGUGUCUGGUAUUCAGGGUCUCCGGGCUAGCCCUGACGCAGGCCAGGCAUUAUUCCUUCUUAGGGCAUCAGCUGACCCGUCUGUGCAACCCACAACCCAGAUGCUCACUGCCCAAGGACCAGACACUGCGGGGGCAGCUGAUACUGGUCACCUCCUUUCCCCUUCCCAGGGACCUGGUGAGGAGGUGUGACAGUCCCCUCCGUUU